AUGUUGUUCCCGGAGGAAGAUGCGCCGCUGCUCAAAGCCUGGAUUGUGAAGCGGCUAGAGGAUACGUCUGAUGCGGACGCUGAUGUCCUCGCCGACUACGUUCUCGCUCUUCUUCGCCACGAUGGAAGCAUCGACGACGUCCGCAAGCUCUGCGAAGAGGAAAUACCCGAUUUCCUCAAGGAAGAUUCAUCGGUUUUCGUCCGAGAUGUCUUCGAGGCAAUCCAGUACAAGUCCUAUCUCCCAGGCGCUCCUCAACCUCCAAAGCGACCCGCCGCAAAAUCUCAGUUCGAGUUCUCCGGCCUGACAAUGGGCGGACCGCCACAACUUUCGAUGGGUCUUCCACCACAGAACGGCAACAAGAAACGCUCGUUCCACGAUCGCGGCGAGCCAGAUGCGCCGACGGGCAGAGACGGCCCCCAGCAUGGUGGCAGACAGUACAAGCAGCCUCGCCGAGGAGGUGGCCGUGGCGGUCGUGGGCCGGGCGGCUUCCAAGGAGGGAUGAUGCAGGGGCCUCACCAGGGCGCACAGCAGAUCAUACCGGCGUUCGACCCGAACAAUCCCAUGGAGGCGAUUCUGAAGAUGCAGCAGAUGGGCAUCCCCAUACCCCCGAUGCCCACCUAUUCAGGGGGUUACCAACCCCCGCGCGGCCCGCAGGUGCAGAGGAGGAGAGGCAGGUGUCGAGACUUUGAGUCCAAGGGCUACUGCGCACGCGGGCAGAACUGCAUGUUCGAGCAUGCCGUUGACCCCAUGUACGUCCCACCUCAGGGACUGCAUCAGGGGCUACAGUACGAUGAAGGUCAGAUUUUCUCCCAAGUCCCACGGACGCCGCAAAGUGUGGUGGCUCCCGAGGCUGUUUUCGUUUCUUCUCCCCCUACCGUCUUCGAUCCCCAACUCAGCUCUCAAUUCCAAGCACUCCAACAAAUCCUAACCACCAUAUUAGAGUACAACCCGAACAAAUCUGCCAUGAUGAUGGGCGGUGAUUUCCCGGCGCUGCCUCCCCAGUUCCCUCCCCAAGCCCCACCUUUCACACAGCAGAACGGCGGACGAGACCAGACGAGACGAAAGGAUAACAGGCAGGGUAACCAAGGGGGUCAGAAGCGUAAGGGCCGUGCCCCCUUCUCUGCUGACGGCCCAGUCCACGACAGGACCAAGUCGACGAUCGUCAUUGAGAACAUACCCGAGGAGAAGUUCUCCGAGGACGAGGUGCGGGGCUUCUUCUCGCAGUUUGGUAACAUCAUAGAGGUGUCCAUGCAGCCGUACAAGCAUCUGGCUAUCGUCAAAUUCGAUAAUUGGAAUGCGGCGAAUGCGGCAUAUCGAUCACCCAAGGUGAUAUUUGACAAUCGGUUUGUCAAGGUCUUUUGGUUCAAAGAAAACGACGGCAAGUCAAUGCCGCCAUCCACGCCGCUGAAUGGAGGCUCCACAGCGAAUGGUAGCAAGAAUGGUGCUGCCGAUGGUGGCAACGCAGCAUUGUCAGGGAGCCCUGAGGCUGAGAUUGAUAUGGAAGAGUUUGCGCGCAAGCAAGAGGAAGCGCAGAAGGCCCACGAAGAGAAGAUGGCCAAGAAGCAAGAGCUCGAGAAGAUGAGGUUAGAGCUAGAGCAGAGACAAAGCCAGCUAGUCGCCAAGCAACAAGAGGAGAAGCAGAAGCUGUUAGCAAAGAUUGCUGCUAGUUCCAAGAAGGAGGGGGAUGCCUCUGGAGACAUAUCAAUGACGCCUGGCACGCCUGGCUCGAAGCUGUCACAAACAGAGGCACUCAAAGCCCAGCUUGCCGCACUACAGGCUGAGGCCAACAGCUUGGGCAUAGAUCCCAAUGCCGCUGCCGAGGCCAUGGAUGAGACAGGCGCAUGGGGCGCCGCAGGACGAGGGCGCGGGAGAGGCGGACUGUUCCGCGGACGUGGCGGUGCCCCAACAAGGGGCUUCCGAGGCGGGUAUCGCGGCCGAGGCGGUGGUUCUGGUGGUUCAGCUCUAUAUGCGCAGUACUCUCUGGAUAACCGACCAAAGAGAAUCGCAUUGACCGGUGUCGACUUCAGCGCGCCGGAGAAGGACGAGGCUCUCCGGCAGUACCUCUUCACCGUCGCCGGCUUCACAGACGUCCGGAUGGACUCGUCUUCAGCACAGAUCACCUUCGAGGACCGCAAGUCGGCCGAGAGCUUCUACAACACCGUCGCCGGCCCCAAGCAAAUCCCCGGGAUCGAUGGCCAGGUCGAGCCCGCCUGGGUCAACAACACGGCGGGCUCGUCCCUCCUGCCAUCGACUACGAACACGGUUGACUUUGCAACCGUCGCGGCCGGCGCUCAGAACGGGCAGACGAAGAGCGGUCCGGCGGCUAUGGCGCCGGCGCCGGCGGCAGUGCCGGAAGACGUUCCCAUGGCGGGCGCUAAUGGUGCCGAAAACACGGCGGCGUCGAACGACCACGCGGCUCAGCAGCAGGACCACGUGGAGAUGGACUAUGAUGUUGCGGGCGAGGAUGACUGGGGUGUCGAGUAA